AACAUUAGUGCAACUGUCCAAAAUAGAAGUUACUCGUAGUCGAAGGUACAAAUUAAGAGUGUCAUAGGUCGGAGCUCGGCUAAGUGCGGACAAAUACGAAAGUCAACUACGUGAUGGUGUGUGAUCAGAAGCAAAGGCUUACCUCAUUUGCUUAAGUCCGUUGUACUGUUCACAUCGCGGAGAGAAAAUAGAAAUAAACUACGACAACAGCAUUAAGAACAGUAACAACUGCCAUUUCUCAAGACAAGAUGCCGAUGAAUUUUGCCAGCUCCGCUUCCAAAUGGAUGAAAAUUGCACUUGCUUCGCAUUUCUUCGGAACACUCAUGUUUCUUGUUGGGUUUUCAACUUAUGCAUGGCUCCAAGAAACAUUGAAAGGAAACACUAUAAGCGUGGGACUUUGGAAAACUAGGUCCUGCGACAGAAACGGAGGAUGCAUCACAUUUGAUUCAGUUUCAAGCCAUUCUCAAGACUGGUUCAAGGCUUGUCAGGCUCUGGAAACUCUAGGACUAAUUGCGCUGUUACUUGCGUUCAUCAUUCUGUUUUUGUACAUGUUUGUGGAAACCUGCCGAGGACGUAAUGCACUCCUGGCUAUCAUGAUUUGUACAUUUGCUGGAGUUGCAUUUAUUAUCAUCGGUGUAAUCAUAUUUAAUACGAAGAAAGCCGGUAGCUUGUACGAAAUCGGUUGGUCCAUGGGAUUAGCCAUAGCGGGAGCAGUCUUCGCUUUUAUCGCUGGAGUGAUGGUUGUCCUGGGCUAUCUUGGCAAGUAAGCCCUGCGAUCUCAUUUGGAGGGAUGUUGCAGAUCACUGAAACGCCAUUUAAUUCCGACUUCACAUCUGAACGUUGACAGUAACAUGUGAGCUAUAAAAAAAACAAAAAAAAAAACAAAAACAAAAAAAAUAACAAAACAAAGCAAAAAAACAAAAAGGUUUCAUUUUCUCGCUGCUAGUUUCCCUUCUCACUCUCUUUUCUUCUUUCAAUCUUCGUGCUAAUAACAAAAUAAUGAUUUCUUGUUUGCACUGAGACAGCAGAUCGAGAAGAAA